AUGCCGGAACUGAGUAAAUGGCUGGAGAAUGAUGAGCUAAAUUAUAGGAAUAGUAAUUUAGAAGAAUUUUUCAUAAAAGAUUGGGACGGAAUGGGAAUCACAAAGCGUAUGAAUGAAUUCAUUCAAAAUGUACAGAAUGAUUUAGAUCGAGUUCGGCUUCAAGAUCGAUUUUACAAUAAUAUUGUGAUGUGGGAAGCACUGAUUGCAAGUCGAAAACAGGUUUUUAUUCGAAGUAUGAUUGGUGGCAUGGAACGCCGGUUUGAAAUUCUGGAUAAUCAAGUGAAUCACAUUGCUUUUACCCAUCAUGCAUUCGAUGAACAUCUUGAUUUGUGUCGCAAUAAAAGAAUCAAAUGUCGCGAUUCAACUCGUGUAGUACUGACCUAUCCAAGUACUGCAAACAAUGAUUUCAUUCAUGCGAAUUAUAUUCAAGGUGCACCGCUAUUUAAUAAAUUUAUCAUUACGCAGGCACCUAUGAAAAAUACAAUUGGCGAUUUCUGGCGCAUGGUUUGGCAAGAAAGGUCACCUUAUAUCUUCAUGCUCAUAAGUCGAAAAGAAGAUGACAGAUGUGCUCAGUAUUGGCCGAGAAAAACUGGAGAUCAAAUAACUUAUUAUGGAUUGACAAUUAUGAAUUCGGCCGUUGACGAAUUUCGCUUGCCAUUGUUUCGUGUUACAUAUUUGAUUGUGGUUGGACCUGAACGCGACGAAUUACAUGUUGAACAUUGGCAAGGUGAUAUGAAUAAUUCAGACAACGUAAUGCUACCUUUGCAACUCUUACGACUUGCUCGCAACUGUUCUUAUCCAACAAUCAUACAUUGUCAUCUGGGAAUAAGUCGAUCGGCUACACUGGUUGCUGUUGAAAUCUGCAUCGCCUGCCUGCUCAAAGGACCGACUUACAAGCACUGCGUGCAGAAGGCAGUGCAAUUACUACGCUCUCAGAGACCAUUUUGUAUCGAAACACCAAUGCAAUAUAUAUUUGUACAUCGAGUAGUGCAGAAGUUUCUGCACGAUUAUGCAGGCGAACCACAAGGCUUCCAUGCGGAAUAUAAGCACUGGAUUGAAUCGCGGGCCAUGAGACCAUUCAUUGACGAUGUGGAACAAAGAAUUCCUGGAUAUCGACUACUCUCACCACGUUUUGAUCCUGACUUAAUUCGAUUGGUGCGACAUCGUGAACGUCCGGGCUGUCGUCGUGAGACUCACGAUUGCGUUGGACAGAUGCCGAUACCCUUGCAAGAUACCAGAGGGCAACGCUUCGAAGAACUGCAGCUAACGAAACGAUAUCCACGAGGCGAUCGAUAUGAUUGA